CGUUUUCUACUUCGUUUCCUGCAAUUUGUGGGUUGUUUUACUGGAUUCCUGACAAGUGCGUUGAACCUCAGCGUCGAAGGAUUUUCGUCAUGGUGGAAGAGCAAUCGUGAAAAUCAUAAUCAGAAGUAAUCUCGUCAUGCGCACCAUGCUUGAUGAGAUGAUUGCAACUCGUCGCCGAGUCGCUGUGUAAUUCAUUCUGUGUGUAUCGAUUUGUGGGUGGGAUCGGCUUGAUGGAGAAAGCCGGCGGAGGUGGAUUGAAGAGGCCGUGGUCGGGGAAACAUCUUGAGCUUCUUCUUCGCGAGCUCGCGAAUGCCAUCGAGAUUGUGGUAGAGAAUCAAGCGGGAGAAAUAAGCCGCAGCGAAGUCAAAGAAGGAAGCAAAAAAUGUCUUCCAAAGGUGCUUAAGGCCAAUCUUUGCGUCGGGAUCAACAACGUGACACGUACAUUGGAAAGGAUGCCUGCUAAGCCUGCGGGUGCAUCAGAAGGAGAAUCGCAGCCCAAACGCUCCAAGACUGUUGAUAACACAGUUACAAAACUGGGCACUUCAGCUCAGCAGCUGCACCCUAAAAGUUCCAACGUCACACGGUUACAGGCAGUCAUUGUGGCAGCAGAUGUGCAGCCUAAAGCACUCGUAGCUCAUCUAGGCGCCUUAUGUGCCAGCCGAGGGGUGGUAAUUCUACCCGUUAGCGGUGGCGAUGGGAGCGGCUCUCUGAAACUGGGAGAAGUAUUAGGCACGCGGGCAGCCAUUGCAAUAGGAAUUAAGGAAGGAGAUACUCCAAUCAACUGGGCCGUGGAAUCAAUUAUGGAAACAAGACCCAAGUGACGCUUUUGAGCUUGAUACCCACAGCAGUAUCUCAAGUUGCAGCUGACAUAAAGGCAACCUCAAGAUGCUGCUCCUGCAGAUAGGCUGGCAACCAGAUAUCCCUUCAUGGUGAGCAUUUCAUGAAAAAUGUGUAGCUUUUUUAAAUGUCUUCAACGUAUAACAAUAUGUAUUAGAGAAAACAUCAUUGAUUGAUGAAAAAUUCAGAUAUAUGUGUUUUUGAGUCUAUUUUUCACGAGUUUGUAUUUCUUAAGAACUAAGAGAGGGUUUUAAUUGGUAAAAAAAUAUGUGUAUAUGAAUAGAUAUCAAUGCAAGAAAUUAUAAUUAA